AUGAAACAAAUUGCUGAAAUUGAUAAGGAUGUUCUACCCGACGCUGACAUCGCAGUUUUUUUUGAAAUUAAUUAUGAUGAUUGGUUAGAACUUUUAAAAGCCAGAAGUCGCCCCGCUGACCACGAUAAAGAUUUUAUGAAAAAUUUUGAAACGCAAAAAUUUCUGCUGGAAGCGACCCAAAAAUUAUGUCAAGAAAAAGGGAUAGAAUUAAUCAUCUUCCCGCAAGAUAACUCUUCGGCGCAAGGUGCCUCUCUAAAACUAAAAGGACUUUUGAAAGAUAAAAUUAGUGAAAAGAGUUAA